AUGAAAGUAAAAUUUGGCCUAUAAUAAUCAGAUGUCAUGGUGAUAUCGACAAUUAUCCUCCAAUAUAAAAUCAAGUUAAUUAAACCAAUAUUGAACAAAAAAAUAUAGUACUACCAGCCUAACAGAGUCAAUAGACCUAAAAUGAUUCUAUCUCUGAAAAUCUUACUGACUAAGCAAACACAAGUUUAAGCACUUUGUAAUGAUCCCAAAAUAGUAUCUCAUAUUUAAGUAGCUGAAAAUAGCUAAUUAUUUGAUAUUGAUAGUGAAGAUAUAAAUAUUUAGGCUAAAUUAGCAGUGGAAUUGGAAGAAGAGAACAAAUUGCUUAAAAAUGAGAUCAAUAUAUAGAAAUAGAAGAAUCUUGAUUUAUUAUCCAAAUUAGACGAAUAAAAACUUUCUCAAUAAUUAAGCGAAAGUCAAUAAGUUUUAAUAGAAGAAAGCAAGAAUCCUCAGGAUUUAUUCGAUAAAAAUAAUGCUUAGAUUGAGGAAAAUUAAGAAUCUAAUAAAAGUGCUAGCUCUCUAUCUUUUAAAGUCGAAGUAAAAGAUUUCAAUUCAGAGGAAAAAUCAAUUAUAGAAAAUAUCUCAAAUUUGGCAUCGUAAAAUACUUAGUUUACCAAUUAGAAUCUUUGUCAAUAAAAUGAACCAGUUAGCUUUGAAAAUCGUGAAAUUCAAUACCAGAAUUAAGAAAAUUCUAAAGAGAGCAACGAAAGCUAAGACAAAUUGUCGUUUUUAUAAAAUUUAGGAGAGGUGCUCAAUAAGUAUCUUCAUGUUGAUCAAAUUGAGUCAGACAAUUCCUCAUAAUUAGUCGAUUUCAAUGAGGAGAGCUAAGAACAAUAGGAAUGGUUGCUAUUGAGGUCAUCAGUAAUUAGAUAAGCAGAAUAUAAUGUCUGUGAUGUGGUGAAAUUACCAGAGUAAUAGAAAAAGCAAUGA